AUGAUGGCACAUUGUCCAGCCCCUCGUCACCGCCCAAAUGACUUUGCUGCCCAUGACACAGAGACAUUUGCAGCGCCAGCUCCCCGUAAGGCCUCCCCUCCGAGCAAGGCUCUUCAAGAACGAUCAAGAAACGCGCCAGUGAUUCAACGACCAAUUCGAAAGGGUACUGAAGAAGAUGGACAUGCCACGAAGCAUUCGAAAUCUAAGCAGAUGGUCUCGAUCGCAGGUGUCUUGAAGAGAAAAGCCAAUGCUCCACGACGCGACAGAAGGUGCAGGAGCCGCAGAGAACCAAGUGUGGAGCUUGAUUUGCUGGAAGACGUUCGAGGUAGGCCAUGCCCUUCUUACUCUAUGUACAGUACACCUAGGGACUGAAAGCUGACGUCUGCUAGAUGGCAUUGAAGAAGCGCGCAUUUCAAUCAUUGAUCAAACUGAAGCUACCUUUGACAGCAGUUACAAGACCUUCAUCAAGAAGCUCAACAGCCUCAAAAAAAGCGAUGCUGGAUUCCUCAAUGAUGUAGACGACCUAUCCCAAUUUCUUUCUAGGCCUCUCGACGAGGAAACUGUCGCUACCUCCAACUCGACCAAGAGUGAUGGCACUGAGGAGUGGCAUCACUUUCAAAUGGGAGUACGCUUGGCUGAAUACAAGACGCUCGUGGAGAAGGAGGAAGCUAAGCAAAACGACUUGUGGAACCAAUGGGAUGAACUUCAGAACGAGUACAUUGAGCUUGGGGCUGAAGUCUUCGGCUCGAGGGCGUUUGGCGAAGAUGCGAACCUCGUGAAGGGAAAGCACAGGGGAUUCAAGAAGGAGAUGGACUUGUUGGACUUGGAAUUCAAAGCUAGGGUUGAGGGGCUAGAGGAGGAAAUUUCGGGUAUCCCGGUUGAGUACCAGAAGAAGAUGAAAACUGCUGAGAAGGUAUGGUUGUUUGUUGUUGGAGUGAUGUGUAUUUUGCUGACUUCUUUCUUCGUAGGAAUUGGAUGCCCAGACGAAGAAGGAACAAGCUAAAUUACUUACGGCACUUCUCUCAGAGUAACGGGCGAUAUGCUUCUGUAUUUGUUGGAGUUGAGUGCAAGCAUCAUUUGGAGCAGACUUGGGAAAACUAGCUAUAACAUCGAGGAUGUGGGACCAGGUUAAGAUAGAGGGAGGAUAUAUUUGCAUGCUGGGAUUCGUUUAUUUUAUCGCUACACAUUGAACUUAGCUAUAUGCUUAACAGAGUCAUUAGACCUCC